CCUCAUCUGAUAAAACACUCAAGAAAAGCCCUCCUCGCCCAGGCCAUUGACGGCAGCUCACAGUUUCAGGGUGGGAAAUGGAUACCGGUGGCAAUUCCUUACCAUCUGGAGCAGAUGGAAAGAAGAGAAAAGUGUCCUACUACUACGAUCCAGAGGUUGGAAAUUACUACUAUGGGCAAUUUCAUCCAAUGAAGCCCCACAGGAUGAGGAUUACUCAUGCUCUCCUCGCACAUUAUGGAUUACUCCAAAAUAUGACUGUUUUGAGGCCAAAUCCUGCUCGAGAAAGAGAUAUUUGCAGGUUUCAUGCUGAUGAUUAUGUCAAGUUUUUGAAAAUGGUCACCCCAGAGACACAGCAGAAUUACAUGAUGCAAUUGAGGAGAUUUAAUGUUGGUGAUGACUGCCCUGUAUUUCAUGGUCUUUACUCCUUCUGUCAAACUUAUGCUGGAGGCUCUAUUGGUGGAGCGGUUAAAUUCAACCAUACACAGUGCGACAUCGCAAUAAAUUGGGCUGGUGGAUUGCACCACGCGAAGAAAUGUGAGGCUUCCGGUUUCUGCUAU